GGGAGAGGAGAGGGAUUCUUCAGUAGGAUUUUGGUGGUGAAGGACCGCUUCCUGUGAGCAUUCAGGAUGCCAGUCAUAAAUGUGGACGACCUGACGGACAAGGAUAAGGCUGUGAUGGAAGUAAACCAACUCAAAAUUGAAGUAAAGCUUGAGAGGUGGUUGACUUCUAAAUGCUGUGAGGAAAUCAAGGAGUACAUUCAGGCUGGAGUGGAAGAGGACACCCUCGUCAAAGGCAUUUCAGAGGAGAAGAACCCCUUCAAGGAGAAAGGUGGCUGUGUCAUCUGCUGAAAUGGACCUGAGGAGCUUUUCGUAUCUCAGAUUAGUACCCAAGGACAUUCUCCCUCCCCUCGUAAAGUGGAUUUGCAGACUGAGAAGACUAGAAGGACACGAUAAAGACAGGAAUUAUACAACUGCACGAGCUACCCUGUAAAUGAAUUCACCAUUCUUUGGGGGCAGAUUUGUAGCCUUACAAUUUCACCCUUUGAGCAGAUGCAAUAAAUAAGAGAUUUUGUUCUGCACGAGUUCCAACAACAAUGCUUCCCUCUCAUGUGAUGUAUAUAGUCUGAGUAAAUGGGUCUGUGUGUUGUUUCAUGCACUGAAGCAACUGUCAUUAAAUGUGCAUGUUGAUAACUCAGACUGUCUCUGUGAUUACCUUUGGGGUUUUUCAAGUUAACCUACAGUAGGAGAUGUGUAACAGACUUGUCAUAAUGUUAUCAGCAUUGUGGACAUUAAAUACAUUUGUAGCAUUAUCAAAGAAAUGUAUAUUUCACUGUUUAACAGAUGAUGAUAUUAA